AUGGUUCAGAUGUACACUGUUCUCGGUCGCCAAGUUGGCUCCCACUAUCUCGCCAUGGGUGUCCUCAGCACUCUUUUCGGGGGUACCUUCUUGGCUCUUAGCGGCCCGAGCAAGAAGACUGCGACCCAGACCCCUCCGAUCAACGCCUCCAGCUCCGACGAGGAGAACUUCAUCAAGAAAUUCUUAGACCAGGCAGACAAAGACGAGAAGGCGGCGAAGCACUAG